UGUCUCACCUCUCUCUCUCUCUCUCUCUCUCUCUCUAGACCGAUCAGUCAAAUUAGGUUUCUUCAAAUAACGAAUCUUUAAUCUCACCUUAUUUUAAGAAAGUUAUUUGUGCGUGAUUGAAUAAAGGAGCUUUACUUUAGAGAUUUGUUCGUCUAAUUGAUGAGUUUGUCUAUGGCUUCAAGGGGAUCCUCUUACUGGUGCUAUCGUUGCAGUCGGUUCACCCGGGUUCGGGCCCGGACGCAAGAUACGAUCGUCUGCCCCGAUUGUGGCACUGGAUUUAUCGAGGAAGUUGACGGAGCACGGAAUCAGGAACCCUUAAGGGGCCCGAGGCUGCGCAGAACCCGGAGAAUCGGUGGAGAUCGAUCUCCUUUUAACCCCGUCAUCGUCUUACGUGCACCUCAAAACCCUGACAGUGGAAAUGACGGAAACGGUGUUGAAGGAGGAGAUUUUGAGCUUUACUACGAUGAUGGAUCAGGGUUGGGUCUUAGACCCUUACCCUCGAGCAUGUCGGAGUUCUUGAUGGGGUCAGGGUUUGACCGGAUUCUUGACCAGUUAUCACAAUUGGAAAUUAACGGAGCUACGCGGUUAGAUAACCCUCGCGCGUCGAAAGCAGCGAUCGAGUCAAUGCCGGUGGUCAAAGUCUUGGAGUGUCAAGUGGCAGAAGACUCACAUUGCGCGGUUUGUAAAGAAGCGUUCGAGCUUAAUUCAGAGGCUCGUGAGAUGCCGUGUAAGCACAUUUACCACUCCGAUUGUAUUCUUCCUUGGCUUUCUAUUCGUAAUUCGUGUCCUGUAUGUCGGCAUGAAUUGCCGAGGGAAGGUAAUAUCCGUAAUUUGCGAGAGUCAGGUAGGUUUCUUGAUGAAGACACUGUGGGGUUAACUAUAUGGAGAUUGCCAGGUGGCGGUUUUGCUGUUGGGAGGUUUGGUGCUAAUAGAAGAGCUGAUGAAAGAGAUUUUCCUGUUGUUUUCACAGAAAUGGAUGGUAGGUUUAACAAUGCUGGCAAUGGGCCGAGAAGGAUUUCCUGGGUGUCCAGUGGAAGGAGAGCUCGAGCCAGAGGUGGGUUUGGCCGUGCUUUUCGCAACUUCUUUUCGAUCUUUAGGCGGAUUAGGUAUAGAUUUUCGCGUUCUAGUGCUGACUUUGAAAAUAGAAGUCAAUUUUAUGAUGUUAUUAAUGGUAGGAGAAACGCUUCGAAUUUUGAUGAACCCAGAUGGUGAAUCUAGGUUUGAUUGUGUAUGUAGAGUUCUGUUUUUUUUGUUGAAUACUGUGAUCGUAGUUGUUGUCUUCCUCUUAACAAAAGGAACAUUUUGUAUUAUAUUAGUAAGUUGCUGUAAAUAAUGACACUUGAGGAAGAGAAAUGGACUUGUUAUUCAGUUAUUCUGUGAUGGACAAAAGGAUAUGACUGAAUUUUGAUCUACUAGGUGAUGGUUUUCACGCAGAGGAAGUAAGCUAUGCAGUUAGAGUGGACACUUGAGAAUCAUGAUAUUGGUAGUGAGGUACCAAUCGUCAUGUAUAAUUGUAAUUGUUCAUGGUUUUAAUGCAAUAGUUUUAUGCUUGCUUUUUUCUCAUGUAAUUUUACGGCAGCGAUUGGGUAUUUUCCCACUGUUGUAUAUGUAAAAUUUUGAAGUUAUUCAUCUAUUGAAUUUCUUUUACUUA